AUGUCAGUUGUGACGGCCGCGCCGCUUUUGGCCUUGUUGAAAGAAGACGAUCAAGUCGCUCAAACAUAUGCUUUAGAAUCGAUCAACCAGAUUGUGGACCAACUUUGGUCUGAAGUCUCGAACGAAAUCUCGCGGAUUGAGGCUUUAUAUGAUGACAAUGCCUUUGAGAACCGUAAGCUGGCUGCGAUAGUCGCAGCAAAAGUGUACUACAACCUUGGAGAAUACGAGUCUGCCGUGAAAUUUGCACUUGCCGCUGACGAAUACUUCGAUGUUGACGAGAAAUCACAGUUUGUCGAAACUAUAGUGUCACAGAGCAUUGACAUGUAUAUUCGUGCCGCAUCGUACAAUAACGAACACCGCAAAAACCAGAAACCCAUCGAACCACAGCUCACAUCCGUUUUUGAAAAAAUGCUACAAAAGUGCGUGGAAAGCGGGGAAUUCAAGCUCGCUUUGGGAAUCGCCAUAGACAGUUACCGUUCAGACGUUGUCGAAAAGGUUUUGGUAACGCGUGCGGCUGAAGAUUCGGAACAAAACGCCUUGAAACUCAUCACAUACGUUUUGAGUGCAGCAUCAACUACUGUGAACAGCACGCCAUUCAGAACCGAUCUAUUACAAAAAUUGUUCAACAUCCUGAUGUCCAUGAAAUCACCAGAUUAUUCCACGCUUUCCAAAAUCAUCGUUACGCUGAAUGACCUUAAUUUGGGUAAAGUGCUUUUUUUCAAGCUCUCACGAGAGGAAGCGCCCGAAAUUUCAUAUCAAAUUGCUUUCGAUCUUGUUUCUUCGGCGUCCCAGGGACUACUUAACGGUCUGGUUGGCUCUAUGAGAGACGAGGGUUACGAUCCAAAACUCUUGGGCAUCUUAUCUGGGAUACCGACAUGCGACUAUUACAAUACAUUUCUAUUCAGAAACAAAAAUAUCGAUUUAGGCCUGUUGAACAAGACCAAAUCUUCCAUGGACGGUAAGUUUUCUCUGUUCCACACCGCUGUGAGCGUUUCCAACGGAUUUAUGCAUGCAGGCACAACCGAUGAUUCUUUCAUCAGGUCCAAUCUCCCCUGGUUAGGAAAAGCUCAGAAUUGGGCAAAGUUCACAGCAACCGCCUCUCUAGGUGUUAUCCACAAGGGUAACCUUACGGAUGGUAAGAGAAUCAUGGAGCCUUAUCUACCCGGUAGCAGAGCGGCUUCUCGCUACAUCAAAGGAGGGUCCUUAUAUGGUCUGGGUCUCAUAUAUGCUGGAUAUGGCACCGAAAUUAUUGACUACCUCAAAUCGCAUGUGGUUGAUAACAGCUCAUCUGUGGGAGAUGAAGACGUUGACGUCUUGCUUCAUGGGGCUUCGUUGGGUAUUGGGCUUGCUGGAAUGGGCUCUUCCAGCAGCGAGCUUUACGAGGCUCUGAAAGAGGUCUUGUACAAUGACUCGGCUCAUUCAGGGGAGGCCGCUGCUCUGGGAAUGGGGCUUGUCAUGUUGGGAAGUGGCAGUAGAAAUUCUAUUCAAGAUAUGUUCACCUAUGCCCAAGAGACCCAGCAUGGAAAUAUUUCUCGUGGUUUAGCCGUUGGUCUAGCUGCCAUCAAUUAUGGUAAGAAAGAAAUGGCAGACGACAUAAUCAAGAGCAUGAUUGAACACGAAAACAGCUUGCUCCGUUAUGGUGGUGCAUACACAAUAGCUCUUGCAUACGCAGGUACUGGUAGCAACAAAGCAAUUAAGAAACUACUUCAUGUCGCUGUUUCGGACUCUAACGAUGAUGUUAGAAGGGCUGCAGUUAUUGCCUUGGGAUUUGUGUUGAUUCGUGACUACACUACUGUUCCAAGACUUGUAGAGUUGUUAGCCGAAUCUCACAAUGCACAUGUUCGUUGUGGUACGGCGUUUGCGUUAGGUAUUGCAUGUGCUGGAAGAGGUUUACAGGCUGCAGUCGAUUUGCUUCUACCUUUGACUAGAGAUCCAGUUGAUUUUGUGCGCCAAGCGGCUAUGAUUGCUUUGUCCUUGGUAUUCGUUCAACAAACGGAGAAAACGAAUCCAAAGGUGAAGGAGAUCAAUGAUCUUUUCUUGAACGUAAUCUCCAACAAGCACCAAGAGGGACUUGCCAAGUUCGGUGCUUGUGUUGCGCAGGGUAUUAUGAAUGCUGGUGGCCGUAACUCUACUAUCCAGUUGGAGAAUGUAGAAAUGGGCACCUUAGACACUAAGGCGGUAAUCGGACUUGCUAUGUUCUCGCAAUUGUGGUACUGGUUCCCCAUGGCACAUUUUUUGUCACUUUCCUUCAGCCCCACAAGCAUUAUCGGCGUUCGCGGACAAGACUUAAGCAUCCCGCGCUUCGAUUUCUUGUGCCACACAAAACCUGAUGUUUUCGAAUAUCCUCCUAUGUUUGAGGAGAACAUUGAUAAAAAUGUGGAAAAAGUAGCAACUGCUGUUCUAUCGACGACUGCAAAGGCCAAGGCGAGAGCCAAGAAAAGUAAGAAGGAUAGCAAGGAAGUAACAGAGGAAAAAGUCAAGAAGGAACCUCUAGCUGAGGCUAAACCGGAAUCAAACGAGGAAUCUCGUAAAGUAGACACAGAGACGAAGGAAGACGCUCCUUUCAAGAUCAAGUAUGUCAACAAAGCCUACAAAAUUGAAAACGCCUCACGCGUUGUCCCACAACAGCUGAAGUACAUUGCCUUUUCGAAAGAUGACAGAUUUGUUCCAGUUCGUAAAUUCAAAGGCAGCAACGGUAUUGUUGUUGUGGUUGACAAGAACCCAAAUGAACUAGUCGAGUUGAUUAAGACUGCGAAGCAGAAAAAGGAUGUUGACGCUCCAUUACCUACGCCAUUCAAGGUAGAAGAAGAAUUAGAGUUCUCCAAACUUCAAUGA